AUGAAACGUCUAGGCUUCAAAUAUGGACAGACACGAAAAGCUCCUGUACUACUCGAUUCUACUCCAUUUCAAGCUCAACGAGCUAAGUAUUUUCGUAAAAUGGAUGAACUACGAGCUUCUAACGCCGUCAUCUACUUUCACGACGAAACGUGGGCGAAUAAAAACGAAGAGAAGACGACUGUUUGGUUCGACGAAGAGGGUUACGAUCGAUUGAGGAACAGUGAAGGAAAGGGACAUCGAUUAGCCAUCAGUGGUUUACUUGGUGUGAACGGGAUUGAUUUACGCACCUUAGAUAUUUUCAAGUGUGACGAAGUACACUCAAUGGACAGCGGACAUUUUCCCGCAUGGAUGCAUAGUGCUGCAAGUACCUUCCGAGCAGAACACGGUCCAAAUGCCAAGAUAGUAAUCUGUGUGGAUAAUGCCACUUGGCAUAAUAAACUGACACCGGAAAGUGAGGCUCCGAAAAGAGCUUGGAGAAAACAGAUGGUGACUGACUGGUUAAAUUUGAAGAAAUUAAAAUUUGAUUCAUACAGGACAAAAGCCGAGUUGUUAGACAUUGCUUAUAAGAAUUUACCACCGAAAGAAUAUAUGGCGGAUAAGGCGGCUGAAAGAUUUGGGAUUGAAAUUGUACGAAUUCCUGUGAAACAUUGCGUCUUGAAUCCAAUAGAGCUAGUGUGGACUGGACUAAAGAAUUAUGUUCGUUCACAAAAUAUUCGGUUCAGUCUUAAUGACGUUGAACAGUUAAGUCUUGAAUGGCUAUCAUCAGUCGGUCCUGAAUAUGUCCGUUCUUAUUACGAACACGUGUUGAAACACGAAGAGAUUUUUAGAGCGGGCGAUAAGAUCGCAGAAGAACUUGAGGCUGACCCGAUUGAUGACGAUGACGUGGUUGAUACUCUCAUAGAAGCAGACAGUUCGGACGACGAAUAA